AUGCAAUACAAUGCACAAUUGACAAGUAUAUAUUUGACAACAAACACUGACAAGUAUUGUCUUCCAAAAAGUAAUAAACUGCAAUGUUAUAUCUAUGGUUGAUAUUAAGAUGUCAUCAUCAUCAUCACCAGCCCUUUUACGCCUUCCUUAUGGAUGGUUAAGGAGGAUGGGCCAUGACCCUCCACGCUGGCCCAAUGCGGAUUGGAGGGUAUUAACGACUGCAAAUGCAGCCGGGACCAACGGCUUAACGUGCCUUCCGAAGUACGGAGUAGCUAAUAAUUUUUUGGUCACCCAUCCCGUGACCGACCCUUGCGAAAGUUGCUUAACGACUACGAUCGCGGGCCGCAGAGCUUAUCCACUACGCCACCGAGCUACUCUAAUUUAGAUGUAUGACCCUCAGAAUAAUUAUUAUUCUGAAGUAU